CCGCCAACCUUCUCUCUCACUUUUCUUAAAUCAAAAUAAUUCAUCUUAAAUACUUUUUCAUAAAGACCAUGUCUGAAUCCCGUGUGCACUUGCAUUUUCUCUCGCUAAUCUUGCUCUGUUGUGUCUCCCCUUCAAGCUUCUUCAUUUUAAAGAUUGACUAUAGAAGCUAUGUUGCUUGUCCUCCCUAUCAGACUAAAGCUCUCACUGAGUUCAUGAACGAGUUUGAUAGCAGCCACUGCAACUUCAGUGAUCCCUACAAUGGAGUCUGGUGCGAUAACUCGACCGGUGUGGUCACAAUGCUACAACUCAGAGCCUGCCUUCGUGGAAACCUUAAGCCCAACAGUAGUCUAUUUAGGUUACAUAAUCUUCGUUACCUUAUCCUCCGCCAAAACAACUUCAUCCCAUCUUCACUUCCUACGGAAUUUGGCAAUCUCAGCAGGUUAGAGUUCUUAUCUCUUUCCAAUAAUCACUUUGUAGGCCAAGUUCCUUCCUCAUUUAAUAACCUAAGCCUUCUUACCUAUUUAGACCUUUCCCAAAAUGAGCUUUCUGGUAAUUUCCCACUUGUUAGGAAUCUAACAAAGCUCUCGGUUUUAGACCUUUCUCAUAAUCAUUUCUUUGGAACUCUGAAUCCCGACAGUACUAGCCUCUUUGAGUUGCACCAUCUGGGUUACCUUGAUCUAAGUUACAACAACUUCAGUUCAUCACUCCCUUCUGAAUUUGGAAACCACACCAGACUAGAAUACUUGUCUCUUUCCUAUAAUGACUUUUUUGGGAAAGUUCCUCCUACCAUUAGUAACCUAACCAUGCUCUCAUAUAUAUCUUUCAUGGAUAAUCACUUCUCUGGAACCAUUCCUUCUUCUCUCUUCACCAUGCCUUCCUUAUCACGUCUUGGUAUGGGCGUAAACCAUCUUACCGGUUCUAUUAUAAUUCCAAACUCCUCUACCCCAUCUAGGCUCGAGGUCUUGUCCCUUGGGCACAACCAUUUUGAAGGAAAAAUCAUAGAGCCUAUCUCAAAACUCAUCAACCUCAAGAUUCUUGAGCUUUCAUACCUAAACACAAGCUAUCCAGUUGACUUAAGCCUCUUCUCCUCGCUAAAAUAUUUGUUGGCUCUCGACCUUUCCGGUAAUAGUAUAUCUCCUGCCAGUUUAGAUGCAAAUUUAGACUUUCCAGCAAAUAUGGAGAGUUUGUACUUACAAAGCUGCGGCAUCACUGAAUUCCCAAAUAUCUUAAAGAACCUUGAGAAGUUGGAGUUUAUAGCAUUGAACAGCAAUAAAAUCAAAGGGAAAAUACUGGAGUGGUUAUGGAACCUUCCUCGUAUUACCACCGUGUUUGUUUCAUAUAAUUCCAUUACUGGUUUUGAAGGUCCAGUGGACGUUUUGGUAAAUUCAUCCAUAAAGAAUUUAGGUACUGGGGCAAACUGCUUUGAAGGAGAAAUUCCUGUUCUGCCACUCUCUAUCAAAGUCUUUGAAGCAUCAUACAACAGAUUCACAGGGAGCAUACCUCUGUCAAUCUGCAACUGUAGAUCUCUGACGCAUUUGAAGGUAUCUAACAACAACCUCACGGGACCAAUUCCUCAAUGCUUGAGUCAGGACUUAACGGUUUUGAAUCUUCGGAAGAACAACUUGGAAGGAAAUAUUCCUGACGCCUUUUAUAAGAGUGCUCCUCUACAUACACUUGAUGUCGGACACAAUCUACUCACCGGGAAACUUCCAAGAUCUCUUCAGAAUUGCUCAGCUCUAGAGUUUCUAGUUGCUGACCACAACAUGAUUGAAGACACAUUUCCUUUCCGGCUCAAGGCUUUACCGAAUUUGAAAGUCCUUAUCCUCAGUUCAAACAAGUUAUAUGGACCUAUCUCUCCUCCUGAUCGAGGUCCUCUCGGGUUUCCAGAGCUGCGUAUAUUUGAAAUAGCUGAUAAUAAAUUCACCGGAAGCUUGUCACCAAGAUACUUUGUCAACUGGAAAGCAUUAUCACUCACAAUGAAUGAAGAUGGUGAUCUAUAUAUGCUAUACGAACCAUUUAACUCUGGGCAAGUGUACUAUAACGCUCCAGAGAUUAUAGAUUUGCGAUACAAAGGUUUGUUGAUGGAGCAAAAGAAGAUCCUUAACUCCUACGCCACCAUCGAUUUUUCUGGGAAUAGAAUUGAUGGACAGAUUCCUGAAUCAAUUGGUCUCUUGAAAGCAGUGAUUGCACUCAAUUUAUCAAACAACGCCUUCACAGGCCAUAUUCCUCUGUCUAUUUCCGAGCUGGGAGAGCUCGAGUCACUAGAUCUAUCAAGCAACAACCUCUCCGGGACAAUUCCUAAUGGGCUUGGAAGCCUCUCGUUUUUAUCGUACAUAAAUGUGUCUCACAACCAGCUCAAGGGUGAAAUACCACAAGGAACACAAAUUACUGGACAACCUAAAUCAUCCUUUGAAGGGAAUGCAGGGCUUUGUGGUCUUCCUCUCCAGGAAACUUGCUUUGGGACUAAUAUGCCACCCACACAACAACCUAAGCAAGAAGAUGAGGAGGAAGAGGAACAAGUGCUCUGGAAAGGUGUGGUUAUUGGGUAUGGAGUUGGACUGUUUCUUGGAUUGGCAAUAGCACACGUCAUUGCUUCAUACAAACCUGAGUGGCUCGUUAAGAUAAUUGGUCCCAGUAAGCGCAGAAACCGUCAGAAUAAGCGUUUAAACCGUUAGAAUUAUUUCCAUAUGUUUGUUGUAUAAUUGUCACGUAUGCUUUGUUCUAUUUCCUUAUCUUCUAUAUUGCUUGUCUUUAAGGUUUCUACUUGUUAACCACCACAUAAUAAAAUACAAGUUUCCUUUUUGGCUCAAGGCCUUACAAAAUUUC